UUAUCAUUUUUCAUUUUAGGGAUUGAUUUUCAAUCCAAUUUGCGCAUUGCCAAAUUCCGACGUUCUGGUUUCCGAUUCCGAUUGAUCGACGAAAGUUGGUCGCCGGCGGUGGAGGAUUUGUAUCGUCUUCCAUUUGUAUUCAAUCGAUUCCCCAUACAAUUGGCCACAGCCGCCCGUUGAAUUCUUGUCUUUUCCGAACGGGUCAAUGGCGUAUACUUUGGAAUCAUGGACGAAGGAAUACAAUGAAGCUUUGAAACUCUCUGAAGAUAUCAAUGGCAUGAUUUCUGAGAGAAGUUCACUUGCUGCAUCUGGACCGGAAGCUCAGCGUCAUGGCUCAGCUAUACGCAGGAAGAUCACAAUAUUGGGUUCAAGACUUGAUACCUUGCAGACUCAGUUACCCAAGCUUCAAGGAAAGCAACCAAUACCAGAGAAAGAGAUGAAUCGUCGCAGGGACAUGAUUGCAAAUUUGAGAACAAAAGCUAAGCAGAUGGCUUCAACAUUGAACAUGUCUAACUUUGCUAACCGGGAUAGCUUACUUGGUCCAGAAAUAAAGCCAGCUGAUGUCAUGAACAGAACAGAAGGCUUAGAUAACCGAGGCCUAGUUGGUUUUCAACGACAAAUUAUGAGAGAGCAAGAUGAAGGCCUUGAGAAACUGGAAGGUACUAUAAUUAGCACAAAACAUAUUGCAUUGGCAGUCAAUGAAGAACUUAACCUUCACACGAGACUUAUUGAUGAUUUGGAUGAACAUGUCGAUGUUACGGAUUCCCGAUUACGGCGAGUGCAGAAGAGGCUGGCAAUAUUGAACAAGCGGACCAAGGGUGGUUGCACUUGCAUGUCAAUGAUUUUAGCAGUUGUUGGGAUUGUGGUUCUUAUUGCUGUCAUAUGGCUACUCAUCAAGUAUUUGUAAUUCAUUGUCUUGGUGUGAAUUGGCUUAAACAUAACCUUGUGGUGUAAGAUUCUGAUAUCUGUUGUUUUUCUUUGUGAAUUUGUGUUUUCUUUUUCCUUCUUUCACUUGAUGUGGUGUAAGAUUCCUUCUUUCCAUGAGAUUGAGGCGAUUUUGGAUUUGUAUAUUUUCAGUUUAAGCAACUAUUGUGAUUGCCAACUCUUCA